AUGUCCAUCAUAUUUAUCAUCAUCUGCUGCAUCAUUAUUCUGGAGAAUAUUCUUGUCCUCAUUGCUGUAAUGCGCAACAAGAAGUUCCACUCUGCUAUGUUCUUCUUUAUUGGAAAUUUGGCAUUUUCAGACCUCCUUACGGGAUGCGCCUACAUUGCCAAUAUCUUGCUUUCUGGCAGAAUGACCCUCACCCUGACUCCUGUAUCAUGGUUCAUCCGUGAGGGCACGGCUUUCACAACCCUGGCUGCAUCUGUCUUUAGUCUGUUGGCCAUUGCCAUUGAGAGACAUGUUGCCAUCACAAAGGUCAAGGUCUACAGCAGUGACAGGAACUGUAGGAUGAUCAUCUUGAUUGGAGCUUGCUGGGUUAUCUCGAUGGUAAUUGGG